CUUUGGUUGUCUAAGCCUUGAUUUUUUUGUGGACAAUUUAUUUUUGAAGUGUUACUUUGUCUCUAUUUUUGGCCAUUUGGACACCCAGCCAGAAAAGCCCUCGAAGCCACAGCCAUUGAACAAAUCAACCUGCCAGCAGCUCAACAUCUUUGAUCAAUAAAAUCCCUUCACUCUACAUCCGUUUCCUGGUUGCGCUUUGGUCCCCAUUGGCUUCCUACCUUUCCAUAACACUGUUCAUCGUGAAGAAUGGCCAAAACAAGUCCGGCAAUCGAGGGACCAUAGGACUGACGAUAAGUCUUCAACUGCCAAGCCAGCGGGACGGACGGACGAACUGAGUGGCUCCGCCGUGUUUUCUCCUGAGUGUUUUUACACUCUCAGCGGCUUGAACGCCGACCGCCAAGAUGCACCGUCCUGUUGGAAGGAUGACAUUGUUACCGCUGGCGGCUUUGUGGAUUUUCUGCAACGUCAACUGCGCGCGCGGAGCUCUGCCAACAACACCGAAAUGCGAUGAGGCUCUGGCUUCUCCGUUGCCACACACAGCCUUCUCCAGCUCAUCUGUCUUCUCAAAUGGAUAUGCACCUGGAUAUGCCAAGCUCAACAGACGCGGAGGCGCUGGCGGAUGGUCUCCACUCGAUAGCGACCACUACCAGUGGCUGCAGGUGGACCUGGGAUCCAGAAAGCAACUGAGUGCCAUAGCUACACAGGGUCGCUACAGCAGUUCUGAUUGGACCACGCGAUACCGUUUGCUCUACAGUGAUACAGGAAGGAACUGGAAACCUUACCACCAGGAUGGCAACAUUUGGGCCUUCUCUGGAAACUCCAACUCGGAGAGUGCAAUUCGGCAUGAGCUACAGCACGGAAUUGUGGCACGUUUCCUGAGGCUCGUCCCCCUGGAAUGGAGCAAAGAAGGCAGGAUUGGACUUCGCAUUGAAGUCUAUGGCUGCUUGUACUGGGCAGACAUGAUCAACUUUGAUGGACAGGGUGUGAUCUCCUAUCGUUUCAAGGUGAAGAAGAUGAAGCUCAUCAAGGAUGUGAUUGCGCUGAGGUUCAAGACAUCCGAGAGUGAGGGAGUGAUUCUCCACGGAGAGGGGCAGCAGGGAGACUACAUCACUUUGGAACUCCGUAAAGCCAAGCUGCUGCUGCAGAUCAACUUGGGCAGUAACCAGUACGGCUCAAUUCUGGGCCAUACCUCAGUGACGACGGGCAGCCUCUUGGAUGACAACCACUGGCACUCGGUGGUGAUUGAGCGCUACCGUCGUAAUGUCAAUUUCACACUGGAUAGACACACGCAGCACUUCAGGACCAACGGGGAGUUUGAUCACCUCGACUUGGACUAUGAGCUGAGCUUCGGCGGAAUGCCAUACAGCGGAAAGCCAGUAGGAGGUGGGCGCAAGAACUUUAAAGGCUGCAUGGAGAGUAUCAACUACAAUGGAGACAACAUUACAGACCUAGCCCGAAGGAAAAAGCUGGACACAUCGAGCUUUCGUAACCUUUCAUUUUCCUGCCUGGAGACACACUCCUUCCCCGUCUUUUUCAACGCCACCAGCUUCCUGCAGCUGCCAGGUCGGGCUUCGCAUGAUGUCAUAUCGGUGGGCCUCCAGUUCCGCACGUGGAACCCACACGGGCUACUCCUCUUCAGCAACCUUGACGAUGGAACGCUGGAAAUUUCACUCGAAGACAGCAAGGUGGUUGUUCGCAUCAAUGUGACUAGGGAUGCCAAGAACUACCUAGUCGGCUUAACUUCAGGUUCAGGUCUUAAUGACGGCCAAUGGCAUGCCGUACGUUUGGUCGCCAAGGAGAAUUUUGCCAUGUUGAUGAUGGAUGGCGAUGAACCUUCUGCUGUACGUUCCACGUCACCACUCUUAAUAACCACUGGAGGAACUUAUCACCUAGGAGGGUAUUUUCUCCAGACGCUGUUCCCACCAACUCAGCGCUACUUCCAGGGUUGCAUGCAAGCAAUUGUGGUGGAUGACCAAACGGCUGAUUUACAUGCAGUGGAGAAAGGCACAGUGGGAGCAUUUGAGAACGUCAGCCUGGACAUGUGUGCCAUUAUGGAUAGAUGUAUGCCUAAUCAUUGCGAACAUGGCGGUCGCUGUAAACAGACAUGGGACAAUUUCAGCUGCACUUGUGAUGGAACAGGAUACACUGGCGCUACCUGUCACACAUCUAUCUAUGAGCCAUCGUGUGAGGCCUAUAAGCAUUUGGGCCGGUCCACUGACACUUACUGGAUAGACCCUGAUGGCAGUGGACCUCUGGGACCCUUCAAAGUAAACUGCAACAUGACAGAGGAUAAAGUAUGGACAGUAGUCAUGAGCAACCUUCCACCGAAAACCACAGUGACCGGAUCCAGUAGAGAGAGACGCACCAUCCUCCAAGUCAACUACAGUGCCUCUCUUGACCAGGUAGCUGCCAUCACCACCAGUGCAGAACACUGUGAGCAGCAGAUCACAUACAGUUGCCGUAUGUCCAGACUGCUCAACACUCCAGAUGGCACUCCCUACACAUGGUGGGUGGGCCGGGGGAGUGAAAAACACUUCUACUGGGGGGGCUCGGGUCCUGGCAUCCAGAAGUGUGCCUGCGGCAUCGAUAGGAAUUGCACUGACCCAAAGUACGACUGCAACUGUGAUGCCGACCACUCGCAAUGGAGGGAAGAUUCUGGCCUCUUGACAUAUAAAGAACACCUGCCAGUCAGCCAAGUUGCAGUGGGUGACACCAACCGAGCUGGCUCUGAGGCCAAGCUGACUGUAGGACCACUACACUGCCAGGGAGAUGAUAACUACUGGAAUGCAGCUUCAUUCACUACCCCGUCGUCCUACCUUCACUUUGCCACCUUCCAGGGGGAAACCAGUGCCGACAUCUCGUUCUAUUUCAAGACCAGCGCACCAUAUGGGGUCUUCCUGGAAAACCUGGGCAACACAGACUUCAUACGUUUAGAGCUGAAAUCUCCCAAAGUUGUCUCUUUCUCCUUCGAUGUGGGGAACGGCCCAGUGGAGUUAACAGUGCAUUCCGACCAACCUCUUAACGACGACCAGUGGCACCGAGUGAUGGCCGAGCGGAACAUCAAGGAGGCAGUUCUCCAGCUGGAUCAGAUCUACCAUAUCUCGCAGCCAGCGCCUGCGCAGGGACACACACGGUUAGAACUGUUCAGCCAACUCUAUGUGGGAAAACCAGCCUCGCAAACCUGCCAAGACAGUGCCGCAGGGGGCCAGAGAGGCUUUUUGGGCUGCAUCCGAGCUCUAAGGAUGAACGGGGUCACCCUUGACCUCGAAGAGAGAGCUAAGGUGACGCCUGGGGUCAAACCCGGCUGCCAAGGUCACUGUACCAGUUACGGCAUGUAUUGCCGUAAUGGGGGAAAGUGCGUGGAGAAGUACAACGGGUACUCAUGCGACUGCGCUUUCACUGCCUAUGACGGCCCUUUCUGCACUCAAGAUGUUGGAGGCUAUUUUGAGACCGGAACAUUGGUGAGGUACAACCUCCUCCCUGAAGGUGCAGCGGGAGCCAUGAAGGAUUCCAGGGUCUUUUCAAGUCAAUUCACGUCGCAGGAAGUCAAUUUAACCAAAGAGGAAGUGACGUUUAGUUUCAGCACCUCCAGUGCACCCGCCAUUUUGAUGUAUGUCAGCUCCAGGACUGAAGACUAUAUGGCAGUGGUGUUAAGGCACAACGGUUCUCUACAGGUCCGUUAUAAUUUGGGAGGUCUGAAAGAGCCUUUUGCCAUUGAUGUGGACCAGCGGAACCUAGCCAACGGACAACCGCACAGCAUCAAUAUGUCUCGCAUUGACAGAAGCCUCACCAUCCAGUUGGAUCAUUACCCUGCAGUCAGCUACACCCUCCCGGAUGCCUCGGACACCAAGUUCAACCUGGUCAAGACUCUCUUCUUGGGCAAAGUGUAUGAAACAGGAUACGUCGACCCAGUGGUGAUCGAGCGUUACAACACCCCAGGCUUCAUUGGCUGCUUAUCGCGUGUGCAGUUCAACGGACUCGCCCCCCUUAAGUCAGCACUGAGGAGAGGCACGCAGACAAGUCUUGUGCAAGACGAACAGCUCGCAGCUGCCUCACCGGUGUCUUACCAGGGUAAACUAGUGGAGUCCAACUGUGGGGCAUCACCUCUCACCAUCCCACCAAUGUCGGCUGCAACAGAUCCGUGGAAUCUGGACAACACAGAUGCGGAAUUCCCUUUCAAUGAGGAACGAGUGAUUCCUGAUGGAGUCAAUAGAGACUCAGCCAUUAUUGGAGGGAUCAUCGCAGUGGUGAUCUUCACCAUCUUAUGCACGCUGGUGUUCCUGAUCCGCUACAUGUUCCGUCACAAAGGCACCUACCACACCAACGAGGCCAAAAGCACCACAGAGCCUGCCGGGGAGUCGACAGACACGGCCAUCAUCGGAACAGACAACCCAGAAACCAUCGAAGAAUCUAAGAAGGAGUGGUUCAUCUAGCGACCAAUGACAUGACCCUCAGAGAGGACGUGGGUCGAUUAACCUCAAGUUGCCAACAAGAUAAAAGAUGGUUAUCGAAAUGACCGAUCAUGGAAAGAAUAAAGAACGGUCAUUUGUUUGGACAAUUAUCUCCGGAUGAGAGACAUGUAAAAUGUUUGGGUUUUGGUUUUUAUACGUAUAUAUCUAUAUGGAGAGUAUACAAAAUGCGAGAGACUCAGCCGAGUGUCGCUACAUGAGACUACAUGUAAAUAAUAACUGGCUUGUCCUUUGUAUCGUGCUUGGGAGUUUUCAGAAGUCCUUUGAAUACUGUAUAUGACAAAUAGUUAUAUUUACUGGGUUGUGUGAUAGGACAGAGUCUCUGUUGAUUUUGAAUUCAUUUUUUUAAGAAAAACAUAUCUAAUAUAUAUAUUUAAAAAAAAUCUUAUCAAAACAUCAUGCCAAACCAUUAUUUGUAUUUUGUUGUUGAAAGAUUUAUUUAGAGAGACCAUUGAAUAAAUACUAAUCUAUGAAGGAAUAAGUGUUAGGGCCACACUGAGAAGAUAAAAGUUGCAUUCUUAUGCGAAGUCAAGUUUGUCAUUUGAAUGUAAUUAGUGAAUGUCCGAAAAAAUAACAAAAACUCUUGAAACCUGCAGUAUUCUAAAGUAUUUAUUAAAAUCACGUCUGUUUAACCAUAUAAUUCCAGCAAAAGUAUGCUAUUGUAGUGCUUUCUCAGGAACAAAACCGUUUAUACUGAUCCCAUUAAUGUUACAAAACAUUUAUAGUCGAUGUCUGUGCGACCCCGGCAGACCGGGGUGGUGGUCCAUCUUUUUAAAAAGGGGGAACAGAGGGUGUGUUCCGAUUAUAGGGAGAUCACACCUCUCAGCCUUCCUGGGAAGGUCUACUACUGGAGAGGAGAGAUCCGUCAGGAAGUCGAAUCUCUGAUUCAGGAGGAGCAGUGUGGUCUUCGUCUGGGCUGCAAAACAGUGGAUCAGGUCUAUACCCUCAGCAGGGUUCCCAGGGAGUCAUAGGAGUUCGUUCAACCAGUGUUUUGUGGACUUGGAGAAGGCAUUCAAUUGUGUCCCCUGGAGAGUCCUGUCGUUAUAUGACCAGUGUCAGAGUUUGGGCCGUGUAGUCGGUUGUAAGUUGGAUCCAUCCAGUGAGGGUUGGCCCCCACCAAGGCUCCCCUCUGUUCAUAACCUUUAUACACAGAAAAUCUAGGCGUUGACAGGGUUCGGUUUGGUGGCCUCAGUAUUGCAUCUCGGCUUUUUGCAGAUGAUGUAGUGUUGUUGGUUUCACCAAGCCGUGACCUUCAACUCUCCCUGGAACAGUUCGUAGCUGAGUGUGAAGCAGUCGGGAUGAGAAUCAGCACCUCUAAAACUGAGACCAUGGUCUUCAGUCGGGAAAAGGUGGAAUGCCCUCUCUGGGUCAGGGAUGAGAUCCUUCCUCAAGUGGAGGAGUUCAGGUAUUUCGGGGUCUUGUUCAAGAGAGAGUCCUGUGGGGGGUGCUCCAGGAGUAUGAGGUAUUGGAAUCCCUGAUACGGGGGUCCGGUCGCUGUAUGACUGGUGUCAGAAACAUCAGAGUUUUGUCCGUGUAGUCGGUUGCAAGUCGGAUCAGUUUCUAGUGAGAGAGUACUUGUUUAGCACAUCUAUCUACAUGGUUACCUUUCCCAAAGCGCUUCACCUUUUACGCACA